AUGAGUUCAUCUUACUAUGCUUUCGUGGCUAUCUUCUCGACAUUGUUCAGAAUUUCAAUCACGGGGCCAACAAACGAUGGUACCCUGGAAAUCGACUGUGGACGGCGUCAGCAAGAAGAUAUUGUGUCAGAACGAAUCGUUAAUGGUACCACGGCACGUCCUGACCACUGGCCGUGGAUGGUGGGGUUGUAUGAUGCUAAUGACACAUUAUAUUGUGGUGGCGUUUUAAUAAGCCGCCAGCAUGUGUUGACCGCUGCUCAUUGUUAUAAAGACAAGAACACUACGGGCUUCCUUUCAGUUCGUCUGGGAAGUACGAACCGAACGAAUUUCUCUGUAGAUUGUCACCAAAACACAUUAAAAAGUCAGAAUCUAGAACUAAGUGACACCGCAGUCAGGCAUGAGGAGCCGGAAGACAAGGUCAUUUGCGUGGAGGUUGAUGAUGUCUGUAUCCCCGUUCAGGGCAACAACUGUACAAAUUUUAUGAUAGACCUCGCUCUAUUGAAAUUAAAAAGACCUGUCAAUUUUACAAAACACAUUCAGCCAAUCUGCCUUCCUACAAACUGCGAAGAGCCACCUUCAGAUGUUACCAUAUAUGGUGUGGGAUGGGGCAGAGACUAUGAGGACUAUACCUUUUCCGACGAGUCUUCUAAUGAAACAACUGAAUAUUCGGCUGAAUAUUCGGACUAUGCGGGAAGUUCAACAGAGGAAGAAUCGAGCGAAACCUCAGCGUGGGAAUCAGAGAGCGCUCCGGUUUUUACUUACCCAGAUAUGCUAAUGGAAAGAAAUAUAACCAUUAUUAGUAAUGAGGAAUGCGCAAGUCAGCUUGCAAGAGGUGUUCCAAAUUACACCCUUUGCUCGGCUGGUGGAAUUUGUUAUGGAGACAGCGGGGGACCUUUAAUGUACAAGAAAGAAGGAAGGUGGUUUCUCGUUGCAAUCAAUUCCGCUCGACGGGAGAGUUGCUAUCAUCCUGUUGAGCCCACCAUACAUGUUAGGGUAUCACACUUCGUCGACAGCUUUAUUUUGAAGAUGAUUAAGCACCAGGAGGGGUCUCAAGAAGAAGGGACAAAAGGCUUAUGCGCCAGGGAUGAGGACCGGAAAAAAUGUGUACAGCAGUUUUUUAGCUCCUACAACCGAUCAAUAAAUGAAUAA